AUCAGCUUCUCCAUUCGAAGCUAAAUACAGAACAAGCCUUAGACGCUGGCAAUGUCCACCGUCAGAAUUCAAGUUUCGGCGUGCGCCUCCCUCUCCGCCACCGUCAACCACCUUCUCCUCCGCCCCAACGCCGUCGUUUCAACCAACAACCAUUUCAGUUUCAGAACCCUUAGGAAGAAACCUCUCAGGGUUUCAAUGUCUUCCGUUCCUACUUCCCAACCCUUCGAAAUCGCCGUCAAAGCUUCUGUCACCACACCCAAUACGAUUGGAGACUGCCCUUUUUGCCAAAGGGUAUUGUUGACACUGGAGGAAAAACAUCUACCUUAUGACCCAAAGUUGGUGGAUUUGACCAGCAAGCCAGAAUGGUUCCUUAAAAUCAGUCCUGAGGGUAAAGUUCCUGUGAUAAAGCUCGAUGAGAAGUGGGUUCCAGAUUCAGAUGUUAUCACACAAACACUGGAAGAGAAGUUUCCUAGCCCACCAUUGGGGACCCCACCUGAAAAGGCUACAGUUGGGUCAAAGAUCUUUUCAACAUUUAUUGGAUUUCUCAAGAGCAAAGAUCCCAAUGACGGAACAGAGCAAGCAUUACUAAGUGAACUGAGCUCUUUCAAUGAUUACCUCAAGGAAAAUGGUCCUUUUGUCAAUGGGAAAGACAUAUCUGCAGCAGACCUGUCGCUUGGACCAAAGCUACACCAUUUGGAGAUUGCUUUGGGGCAUUAUAAGAAAUGGGCUGUACCUGAUUCACUUACCUUUUUGAAGUCUUACAUGAAGGCUAUUUUCUCGAGGGAAUCAUUCAUUAAAACACGUGCACAACCACAGGAUAUUAUUGAAGGUUGGCGUCCUAAAGUGGAGGGCUGAUAUCCAGUCAUCCUACUCUAUCAACAUGUGAUUCUGAGUAUACCCGACUAUAGUUGAGUAUAUAUUCAGUAGCAAUCCAUCAAGAGUUCAACACCUAUAUCGUUUUGUAUAAUAAUUUAUAGCCUUGAUAAGUCACUAUGAACUAUAUGAUAAUUACUUUUUAAGAAUUGUUAGCGACAUAAUGUAUCAUGUUUGGUAGGGUGGUGAUAGGGAGUCAUGGAAUUAUCACUCCAAAAGCUAGCUUUGGGUGGAAGUAUUCAAGGCCUUAUAAAUCUCGCACUAAUUGUCUAUAUAAUUAAUGUGGGAUUCCUAACAUUGCCAUCCCCUUUUUAAGGCCGGAUAAGUCUGGAUGUCCACGGCGGCUUUCACUUUGAUC